AUGAAGCAUGGAAAAAUCGUCUCAAAGCUGCUGCUAAGUGACCCGUCAAUUGAAAAAUUGCCAGCAAAAAACCAAUACGACACCACAGUCAGGUCACUAUUCAUAUGCAAGCGAGGAUUCCCCAAAAAAGAAUACAUUAGGUGUAAGCUCAUCAGAGGACAGAAAAGGAUCAUGAGGCAGCUGAAGCAAGGCAAAAUUCCUGAAAAGACUUUAAAUAGGUUCGACUCUUCCAAACAAAUUUGUAGAGAUUUGUGAAGCAAGCUCGAGCAGUGUAUGAGGGAAGCUAUUUCUGAAAUUGAAGAAAGGAUAAGGACAGAGGCUGGCCCGUUGACUGAUGGUAAAUGUAAGAGAAAAACAAAAAGCGAUGACGAUUGUAAGUCUUUCAAUGGGAAAUUUUGUAAGUGGUACUUCAGCCACCCUGUGAUACGAAAACUGUACUUCUAUUAUAUAGAGCUAUUGUUUUCAGAAUUUCAGCCUGAAAUAUUGAAUGAUAAAUUUGAUUUUAAGUGCUGUGAGGAAGAGCAGCAUCAAUUUUUAUGCUACCAGAAAUGAAUGCUGAUGAAAAAGUACAUUGAUACCUUCCUUAUUGAAGAUUUAGGCCUUGAACCUUGGGCUCCAGAAAAUUUCCAAAUUCCAAACCUCCCAAAUAUUUUACUUCCCUACCUUAAAAACAAUAUUAGUUUUUUUAUUUAAAAUAGACGCAUUGUUAAUGAGAGGCUUUAUUUGAGAAAUGCAUUUUUAUAUAAAUAGCUUUGACCUAAUAUAAUAAUAGGGAGUGCAAGUACAAUGUUAUUCAAUAAUUUGGAGCAUUGAUUUAAUAAUUUUUUAAUUAAUCUUCAUAAAAACAAAUAAUUAAAAAAUAUUGCAUUUAUUUAUUUUUUUUUAAAAAAGAGCCAGGAAAUAAUUUUUUUUUAAUUAAAAGGGAAAGUUAGAAGAGAAUUUGUUUGAGUCAAUUUCAAAAUCUAUUGAACUACCAGAUAAAAAUGAUGGGCUUGAGGACUUAAAUUCUUUUGAGAAGUACAGUGAGCAGGAAACGUCCGAAAAUGAGCAAGAGCUGCAAGCACGCCAGGAGUCUGCGUUUAAACUUUUCAAGCAGUCAUAG